AUGGUCAAAGCAGUCGCCGUCCUCCGCGGAGACUCGAAUGUCAAGGGCACCGUGACCUUUGAGCAGGCCUCCGAGUCCUCCAACACCACCAUCACAUGGAACAUCACGGGCAACGACCCCAACGCUGAGCGUGGCAUGCACGUCCAUGCUUUUGGCGACAACACCAAUGGCUGCACGUCUGCGGGGCCCCAUUUUAACCCCUACAACAAGACGCACGGUGCGCCCGAGGAUGAAGAGCGUCAUGUGGGCGACCUGGGCAACUUCAAGACAGAUGGACAGGGAAAUUCGCAGGGGACUGUUGAGGAUAAGUUGAUCAAGUUGAUCGGACCGGACAGCGUUGUUGGCCGCACCAUUGUCGUCCACGGCGGCACCGACGAUCUCGGUAGGGGCGGACACGAGGAGUCCAAGAAGACUGGUAACGCCGGUCCUCGUCCUGCUUGUGGUGUCAUUGGCAUCUCCAACUAG